GCGGAGGCUGAGGGCUUCCGAGCUCCGGCGGAGUUCUCUCGCUGCAGCUGCAGAGCUUUCCCUCGGGGGCCGGCCUUCGUGAGGCUAGGGCCUUCUGCCGCGCUGCCAGCGGCUUUCCUGGAACUCGGGUCUGGUCUUCUCAGGAGUGUGAGGGCAGAACACAUGGGAUUGAGAUGGCGAAAUAGAAGGACUGGAGCUCAACUUCUCUCCUAAAAACAACAAAAUUCUCACAACUAAAGGUUGAGCAUUUUUCACCCAAAUGGACCAGAAUCCUUAAAAAAAGAUAUCCUACUCCAGAAGAAAAAGAGGAGGCCACAUCAAGAGGUUAGAGGGUUGUAACCUCUCUGUCUUCUGGUGUCUGCCUCUUUGUGGGUGAAGUUGAUUGAUACAGGGGCUUCCUGAUGGCAGGGACUGGUGCCUGCCCACUGGUAGGUGGAGCUGAUUCUUAUCCCUCUGGUGGGUGGGGCUUUGUCUCUGGGUGUGAUUGGGGGCAGCCUAUUUGCUGAUGUGUGGAGCUGUGUUCCCACCCUGUUUGUUGUCUGGCCUGGGGCUUCUCAGCCCUGAUGGGUGUAGCCAAAUUUUUCCAAAAUGGUAGCCUCAGGGGAGCUCACACAGAUGAUUAUUCCUGGGACCCCUGCCUCCAAUGUCCUGCCCCCACAGUGAGCCACGGCCACCCCUGCCCUCCCAGGAGACCCUCUAAGACCUCCCAGUGGGCUUGAUCCAGAUUCCUAUAGAGUCCCUGCUUUGUCCUGUGAUCCAGUGCACAUGAAACCCUCCUAGAGUUAAGUCUCUGUCUCUCCACCCUGAGUCCUGUGGAGCUCCUGUGCUUAAGCCUCACUGGCCUUCAAUGCCAAAUGCUCCAGGGGAUCCUCCUCCCAAUGCCAGACCCCCAGGCGUGGAAACCCGAAGUGGAGCUCCAAAUUGUCACUCCUGUGGAAGAGCCUCUGCAAUAUAGUUAUUUUCCAGUCUGUGGGUCACCCACCAGGCAGUUAUGGGAUUGCUUAUAUCAUGAAAGCACCCCUCUUACCAUCUUGAUGUGACUUCUUUGUCUUUGGAUAUAGGAUAUCUUUUUUGGUAGCUUCCAGUCUAUUUUGUUGCUGGUUGUUCAACAGUUAGUUAUAAUUUUGGUAUUUUUGUGAGAGGAGGUGAUCUUGAGUCCUACUCUGGAAUCUUGUUUCUGUCAGUUAUGCUCAAUUUCCCAUGUUCCCUUGCAGUCCUGUCCACACAUAACAAUUUCGGGAUGGUCUUUUGCAGGAUGCCAUUGUUUGCUCUGGAUUAGUGACCAAUAAAUUGUUCUUCCUUCCCUGUUUAUGUCUUGUGCUCUGUGCCGAGUCUAGUCUCACUGGCUCACAGGCACCCAAUGGAGAGCUCACGCGCCUGGCCCUUCAGACCACGUUCCAGGAGCCGGAGAGCCCCACCCACCGUGCAGAAGCCCCGCCCACCACGCGUAUUCCCAGAUGGCGGCGGGCCGUGCGCAGAGAGGCUGCACCUGGCUCUCGUGCCAGCCUUUCUUGAAGCUUUGGCACAGGCAGUGACCUAGGUGUUGCCAAGUGGUGGCCACGUUCUUUUUUGAUUCAGAAGAGAGCAGCUCAAGGAUGCCAGCUUCAUAAAGAAUGCAUCUUCAAGACUGGGGGACAGUGGAAGAAGCUGGCUUUUGAUGAAAUAAAAUUAAGUCAGGACAAGAAAAAUUUGAGGUAUGACAUUCUCUGCUCUGUGAGCCACUGCCCCCUCCCCUUUAACGUCCAUUGUUUAUUUGCUUUAUCCAUUAAGUAGAUCCUCUUAGAAGACACAGCAAUGCCUACUCACAAAAAAAAAAAAAAAAAGAAAAAGGAGGGCAAUUUUCUUCUGGUACCGGCAAGGUAAUACUUAGGAAAUAACAACACUUCCUCAAUCCCAUAAGGGGUCACAAUAACCCACUCCAGCUGUGAGCUGUGGUGUAGGUCGCAGGUGUAGCUCGAAUCUGGUGUUGCUGUGGCUGUGGUGAAGGCUGGCAGCUGCAGCUCUGAUUUGACCCUCUAGCCUGGGAACUUCCAUACACUGCACAUGCAGCCCUAAAAAAACAAUAAUAUAAUGAUAAUAAUUAAGGUCUACUGUGUGCAGCCACUGGGAAUAAAGUAUUGAACAAAAUUAUUCCCUGCAACUAUAAAAAGAAUGGCAUAUUGUAUGGUAAGUGUCUCCUUACCAAAAUAAAAGGCACAGUACAGCAGUUGUCUGGGCAGAAGGACCUCCUGCCAGUCAGGCCUCAUUUUAAAUAUAGAAACGCCCUAAAAAUAGCCAUCCAUGCUGCAGACUCAACAGGUGAUUGGCCGGAACAGAGGGGAAGGGAGCCUGGGCCUCUGUGAAGGAGAGUGAAAGGACAGUGCUGUUGUCCCCAGCUUCUCCCACGGACAUGGCUUUGCCUCUGAGGUCCCUCAGUAGGGGCUUGGCCAGUGCGGCCAAGGGAGACCAUGGCGGGACAGGAGCCCGCACCUGGCGCUUCCUGACCUUCGGGCUGGCGCUCCCCAGCGUGGCCCUCUGCACCCUCAACUCCUGGCUCCACUCAGGCCACCACCAUCGUCCGGAGUUCAUCCCCUACCAUCACCUCCGGAUCCGCACCAAGCCCUACUCGUGGGGAGACGGCAAUCACACUCUUUUCCACAAUCCCCGGGUCAACCCUCUGCCCACGGGCUAUGAACAGCCCUGAGGCCUUGCUGAUGACUCUAGACAAUAAAAGUGUGGAAGCUGUG